UACUGAAGAAUAUUUUUGGAUUAAAAACUUUUCAUAAAUCAAGUUGUUACUAGGACAUCAAGCGCUCAUUGAUUGUGAUCAAUAUUGCAACCAAACACAAAUGGCAAAUUUAUCAAUAUUUGGAAGAAUUUCUCCAUUGAUUCAUUCAAAUAAAGAAGCUUUUCAACGGGUUGUCAGUGUGACGCGUCGCAGUGCUAGCCGACACGAUAACACCAUUAGAAAUGAAGCAUUAGAGAAACACAGGGUUUCACCACUCAACACAAACCCAGAGAAAAUUUAUCUCAAUCAAGCUUCUAAACAGUAUAGACAUGAGGAUGUGUCAAUGGUCAAUAGGUACAGAGAGAAGUUUCCAGAAUUUUUGCCAGACCCAGAUUGGAAAUAUCGAGAUCGUAUUACAGAAAUGUUGGAAAGAGAAGAAAUGUUCAAAAGAAGGAAAAUCAUUGAUAUUCCAGAAUUUUAUGUUGGUAGUGUAUUAGCAGUGACAGUAUCUGAUAAGUUUGCACCAGGGAAGAGCAGUAGAUUUGUUGGGAUAUGUAUACGCAGAUCUGGUCAUGGUUUACGGCACUCGUUUGUACUGCGCAAUGUCAUAGACGACCAAGGUAUUGAGGUCAUGUAUGAGAUGUAUAACCCACUGCUACAGAAGAUUGAGGUGUUAAUUUUAGAGAAGAGGUUAGAUGAUGAACUACUAUACCUGCGCGACUGUCCACUUGAGCACAGUUACUUCCCACAGGACAUGGAGCCUCAGACAAUACAUGAAGGCACAGAAGUUCCUGUCAAUAAAACCAAGAUUGCGUUGGGACCACAACCUUGGUGUCGAAAAUGGUAUAUGUAUAAUCUGAAAGGAUUGGAGAUCACUGGUUGGGUGAAUGAGAAAGUUAAAACUAAAUUACUGAAGAGAAGUGAACAUCCGCAAGUGAAGAAAGAAUGGGAAAAAGAUGACAUAAUGAAACAUUAUCGGGAAUCUAUAAAUACUGUAGAAUCUGCAGAUAUUUUAAAACAGGUUAAUCGGAACCGUAAGAACUGGGCAAAGAAAUCAAAGUGAUAUUACAGAUGUGUAGUGAAUUUGAAUAAAUUUCAUAAUGGUUA